AUGCUCUUCGUGAACAACAUCGGGGCCGUCACCCAGCGCCUGCAGGGUAUGAUCAUGGGCGACGCCAUCGAGGCUCUGCCGGAUUCCGGGUCGGAGCCGAACCUGCUCUCACUCGAUCAUGUUGUCCGCCGGGGUAUGCGCGAAUUGAUCAACACGAACAACAUCCGCAUGAUUCAGUUUGCGGACGGCAUCGUACAGAAGACCAUGGGCUUCAUGAGGCUGAACUGGGCGUAUGCGAGCUCGACGGGCGACGAUGCCGAUGACGAGUGGUCGGAGCACUUUGUGGAGUUCCACGUCCUCGAAGGAUGUGCAUACGACAAAUCGUUCGUGGACGUCAUCACAUGUUCAGAGCCGUCGGGACUCAAUUUGGUCACUUGGGCUUCCGAGGACCACCGUGGACAGGCAAUACUACCGGGUGCGAGCGGGAGUUCCUCCAGAGACUGGCUGAGAACAGGCCGGCAACACCGCUUGCUCUCGCCCCCUUCAGCAACGGACGAAAGUACACAGGCACCGUCGCCACUUCUUCCAGAUCGGCUCCCCGGGCUUGGCCAGGAAAUGCGGUCGGGACCAUCAGGCUUUACUUCUGCAGGUCUGAGGCAUCACAGGCGGGAAGAGCUUGAACGCCGUGCGGAAGCCGAGCGCAAUUACAGGCGGAUGCCCCGCGGGCCCCAAGGAGAUGCUGCAGUCGCCGAAGAGGAAGAAUGCCAGCGCCGGUAUGACAUGGCUCAGCUCCUGCCGCCAAUCUCGGACGUUAACUCAGAAAGUGAAGGCGCCCUAGUCACCACUAGCUCUGCCGUCGGGGCGAAGUUUGUUGACGGGAGAGCCGACCCGGGCCGCGCAGCCUCAACGAGGGAAUCGCUCAGAAAGAAACUGGGCUGA